UUGGUUCUAUAUUUUUCAGAACUUCCUUUUAUCAUGGGAAACUGCGUAAGUUUUCGUAUUCUGACUCGAUUCAGUAAAAACCCAGAGGAAGCUAAGACAAACAAAAUCAUUGAGAGACAAAUAAAAACAGACCAAAAACGAAUGAGAAAAGAAGUGAAGCUAUUAUUGUUAGGUGCUGGAGAGUCUGGCAAAUCUACUAUAUUAAAACAAAUGAAGCUAAUACAUGCUCGUGGGUUUGAUAAGUCAGAAAGAGAAAGCUUUCGUAUCAUUGUAUUUGCCAAUAUCAUGCUUGAAAUGCAAAUUGUUUUUGAAAUUGUUGAGCAAUUUAAAAUACCCUUGGAACGCACAUCCAAUCUCGAAUAUGCUUCUCUGUUUAAAAACGUAGAUCCUUUAAAGAAAGGUGAACCGUACCCAGAAAUGUAUUUAGAGCCACUCAAGAAACUAUGGACUGAUAAUGGCAUAAAAUCUGCUCAGCAUAAAGGCAAUAUGUUUGCAUUGCAUGACAAUGCAUCCUAUUUCUUCGAACAUUUAGAUAGAAUAUGGAAGCCAGAUUAUAUACCUACAGACCAGGAUAUACUUCGCUGUAGAGCAAAGACGACAGGCAUAGUUGAGACAGAAUUUCAUAUAGGCGCAUUGACCUAUCGUAUGUUUGAUGUGGGCGGACAAAGAAGUGAACGAAAGAAAUGGAUUCAUUGCUUCGAAAAUGUUACUGCAGUUUUGUUUGUAGUUGCCAUUAGUGGCUAUGAUCAAUGUUUGAUUGAGGAUAGAGAUUCAAACCAGAUGCAUGAAGGACUCAUGUUGUUUGAUACAAUCUGUAAUUCUUCGUGGUUUACACACACUUCCAUGAUUCUCUUUUUAAACAAAAUUGAUAUAUUCAAACAAAAAAUCUUGGUCUCUCCGUUGUCAAAAUGGUUUCCUGAUUUUGAAGGUGACGAUAAAAGCUUUGAACAGACAAGUGAAUAUUUCAAAAACAGAUUUCAAAGCUUGAACCAAAAUCCAAGCAAACGUGUCUAUGCUCAUUUUACAGAUGCUACAGAUACAUCACUUCUUGAUAAUGUUAUGUAUGCGGUAUCUGAUACCAUUUUGAACGAAAACUUGAACACACUCAUGCUGUAAACUUUCUUAAACUUUUAUGUAUAUAUUGUGAUUAUGAGUAAAGUAAUAUGAUUAAAAACUGCUUCAUUUUAAGAUUCUUGAACAAAAAA